AAGUCCUCUAGAAGGUCCCAGAUAUCCAGUUGCAGAUGCCUGGUCUCAGAGCGGGGAAUUAUCUCUGGGAAAGCCCCCUUUCCACAAGCUGCCCAGGCAAGAUAUCCCAGGAUGGGGUUGGGAUUUGCUGAAGCAGGAAGCAGCCCCCCUUCUUUGGAUGAGACCCUCCAGGGAGAUAAACAAUGGCGGAAAACUCACCAUGAAGCUCAGGCUGACUAGGAGGCUGAAGGAACUGGGGUGGGAAAGGUGGUGGUUGCUUCUCUGGGGAGUCCUUCAGGCUUGCCCCACGCAGGGCUCUGUGCUCUUGGCCCAGCAGCUACCCCAGCAACUGACAUCGCCCAGGUAUCCAGAGCCGUACCUCAAAGGCCAAGAGACCACCACUGUCAUUGAGGCUCCAGAAGGCUUUGCUGUGAAGCUCAUCUUCCAGGACUUCGACCUGGAGCCAUCCCAGGACUGUGAGCGGGAUUCUGUCACAAUCACAGCCAGUGGGAUGGCUCCACACCGGUUUUGUGGCCAGCAGGACUCCCCUCUGGGCAGACCCCCAGGUCAGAGGGAAUUUGUGUCCUCAGGGAGCAGUUUGCAGCUGACCUUCUGUGCACCCAACUCCUCUGAGGACAGGACCACCGGCCUACACAAGGGCUUCCUGGCCCUCUACCAAGCCGUGAGUAUGAACCAUAGUCAAGCCAUCAGCCAGGUUAGUGGGGGCUCUGAGACCACACACGCUGGAGACAACCCCGACAAGGCCCAGAACCACUGCCGAGAGCCCUAUUAUCAGGCCAUGCCAGCAGACACUCUCACCUGCACAGCCCAGGGCCUCUGGAAAGAAACACAGGACAGGCAAGAGGUUCCUCACUGUGUGCCUGUCUGUGGACGGCCAGUCACCCCCAUCACCCCGAACCAGGAGGCUCAAGGUUCUUCCAAAGCUAAGUUGGGCAACUUCCCCUGGCAAGCCUUCACCAAUAUUCACGGCCGUGCGGGAGGGGCCUUGCUAGGUGACAGAUGGAUUCUCACUGCCGCCCACACCAUCUAUCCCAAGGACAGCAUCUUUCUCGGGAAGAACCCAAGUGUGGAUGUGUUCCUAGGCCACACCAAGAUAGAUGAGAUAAUAAAACUGGGAAAUCACCCUGUGCGCCGUGUGGUUGUGCACGCCGACUACCAUCAGAACGAGUCCCGCAACUUCGACGGGGACAUUGCCCUCCUGGAGCUCCAGCACAGUGUCCGGCUCGGCCCCAACCUCCUCCCCGUCUGUCUGCCUGACAAUGAGACUCUCUACCGCAGCGGCCUGAUGGGCUAUGUCAGUGGGUUUGGCAUGGAGAUGGGCUGGUUAACUACUGAGUUGAAGUACUCAAGGCUGCCGGUCGCCCCAAGGGAGGCCUGCGAGGCCUGGCUUCAAGAGAAACAGAGGACUGAGGUGUUUUCUGACAACAUGUUCUGUGUUGGGAAUAAGACAUGGCAGCAGAGUGUCUGCCAGGGGGACAGUGGUGGCGUCUAUGUGGUAUGGGAUGAUGGUGCCCGUCACUGGGUGGCCACGGGCAUCGUAUCCUGGGGCAUCGGGUGUGGCAAAGGGUACGGUUUCUACACCAAAGUGUUCAACUACGUGGACUGGAUCAAGAGAGUGAUGGAUGGGAAGGACUGACCCUGCGGGUGCUGGGCAGUGACACCAGCACUGUGGAGGCCCCAGAGGGGAGAGGGUUGAGAGUGAGGACUGCGCCCUGUGAGGAGGGUUGCUGGGCUGGAGAGAACUCCUCCUCUGCUCAAAGCUGACCCCACCCCCAGAUGGGAGGAGCAUUCCCCAGCCCCUCCUCCUCACCCUCUACCUUCCCUUGAGUUUGCUCAAUGCUGGGGGAAGCCCUUUGAACUUUAUCUGCUGACACAGCUUCUUCUGUCUCUCCUGGGAGACAGCCACCCUCUCAUUCCCCUGUUCAGGUGGUAUAUGGGGCAAGUGGUCUUAAUUGCAUUUCAUUUCUGAAACAUUCCAAAGCCCCUUUAGUUGAUCUUCAAAUAUUCAAACUAUUGGCUUCACUGCCUACCACAACGUCUAGCUGCAAUUACAGUCACAGCUUGAUUUUUGUGUUACAUCUUUUGUAUACGUUAUUUCAUUGACUCUUCACACCAAGUUUGCAAAGGAUGCAUUAUGAUCCACGUUUUUAAAUGAGGAAACUGAAGCUCCAGGACUUAAAGUGACUUGCCUAAUCUCACAGCUGAUCAGGAACUGCAAGGGCUAUGUGCUUUCCAGUGCACCUUGAUACUUCUCAGGUGUCCUCAAGACUUGCUGUAUCGCCCACUUCCGCUUCCCAAUCCCCACAUCCUUCCAGAUCCUUGCUCCCUGGGAAUGCCUGCUUUGGCGAGGAUGAGGACACCUGUCUCAAACUUUCCUGGGCCCCAUCUCCCACAGAUCCCCCAUCUGAGCCCAGCCCUGGGCUGGAAGUAUUUGCAGACACCCGCAGUGCUGAUAGACAUGCUGCGCUAUGCUCCACCUGAGAAGACCAACUCUUUAAUUUUUAGUAAGGACCUGGGGUGAUUUAUAGUAAAAGGCACAAAUAAAAUACAGUUGUUCAGCUAGAACUAGAAAAUGAAUACUAUAAGACAGAGAAGAGACUAGUUUUGCUAGUAUUGAAAUUCAAGUUAGCUGUAUGGUUAAAGGUUAAAUUUAUCUUUGAAAAAAUAACAGGAUUCAAAGGUGUAUGUAAAUGUGGUUACUUCUAUUUUUUAAACCUAUACAUAGUACAGAAGACUAUUAAAAAUAUUCUAAAAUAUUCAUCAGAGGUUGUUUUAAGUGGUAUAAUUCUGGCUGUUUUAUUUUCCCCUAUUCCUCUCUAUUUUCUAAAUUUUGUUUAAUGAACAUGUAUUAAUUUUAUUUAUUUUUUAUUUUUAUUGAAAAGAUGAUAUGAAUUUUUCCCUGCCAAGGCAAAAAAAUAUAUACCUCUUUAUAUAUUUAGAUAUAUAUAUAUCCUGGGGUGCCAAAAAAAUUGUACACAAGUGGACAAUUUGGUCAACGUUGCUCGAGCAGUAGUUCAGCAUAUCUGGAUGUUGAUAGUAACCACUUUGAGCCCCUCUUGUAAUUGCAGAAGUCAAAUGUGACUUGUAUUCAUCUUUUGUUAUCAGUAUAUAUUGAGUAUUACA